ACACGUUCAAAACAAAAAAUUUUUCAACACGUCGGACGGGUGAUGCGCGCGCAAAGUGGUGGGGAAUUUUUAAUGAAACUCGUGAACACAUAAUUGCCGCAAACAGGGAAACAGCGGGAAUAAAGUGUCGAAAUUUUAGCCGAAUACAGAAAAUUCGGUUGAAAGAAUACGAUAUACAAUAAUAUAUAUGUGCAACAUCCCUUGCUUUUGGUCGCGGGGAGCAAAACAACAACAGUACUUUGGCGCUUAACGUACAGUUCAACCAUUGUUACUAGUAUAGUGCGCGCGCGUGUGUAUUAGUGAAUACCAAAGUGCUGUAGCAAAAUAAAAAACAGCUGCGAAUUACACCAGAGAUUAAGAAAAAAAAGAAAACAUCUCACUCUAAACCGCCCAGGAUCGGUAGCAAACCCGAUAAAAUCUAUUUCGGCGCUUUCGUGUGUUAAGAGUUUUGUUGAGAGAGUGUAUGUCCGUGUUUGUGUGUAUGAGAGGCCAAACAGUUUGCCGCUAAAUACGAAAAAAGCAGCUGAAGGCAGCCAAAGACCAGCUGACACAACGAUCGAUAGCGGUACGUGUGUGUGUGUUGUGUGUAGAGUGGAAAGAGUAGAAGCGAUAAGAGUGCAAACAGUACAGCAACAAAUUGUGGCAUAAAGAGUGAAACAGCAACAAAUAAGGAAAAGAGAGUAGCAGAAAGAGUAGAGCUGAAACAAAGUAAAUGCAACAAAAUAGCAACAAUAGAAACACGUGUUUCACCAGUGGCUAAGAGAAUUAUUAGGAGGAAAACGAGAACGACAAUUACUGUGCGAUUUGCGUCGCCCACAAUAAGCCAAUACACGAUCAAACAUGUCUGGAGUACCGGUCGCCAUCAAAACGGAGGAAGUCAUACUAGAAAACGCCGAAUACAACAGCGCAGAGGAAUUGGAUGAGGAAUUACAAUUACAAUUAGAGGAUUCGGGCGGCGAGAACACCUAUCAUAUUUACACCUCAGAGACGGAGCAUCAGACUAUAGGCUCGCAGCGACGCCAAUCGAAUAUGAGCGGCACAAACACAUCCAAGGGGGGAGGAGGCGGCUCUGGUGGGGGGGCCCUCAGUGACGGCGAUGGGAAGCCCGUGGCGGACAGCGAGAAGAGGAUUCGGCGGGAGAUAGCCAACAGCAAUGAGAGGCGACGCAUGCAGAGCAUCAAUGCUGGCUUCCAGAGUCUGCGCUCCCUGCUGCCCCGCCACGAGGGCGAAAAGUUGAGCAAGGCUGCCAUCCUACAACAGACCUUCCAAUACAUUGUCGAUCUGGAGAACGGAAAGACACAGCUCCUCACACAGAACAGCGAACUGAAGCGACAGGUGGGCGAGCAUGAGGCAGGCGGCGGUUCGGGCGAGAGCGGCGGCAGUGCUGCGAGCGGCGGCAACUACGAAUCCAGCAGCAACAUAACGGCGGUGGCCAUCAAGAAGCGCAAGCUCACGGAUAACGUCAUCAGCAUUCAAGCCAUUAGCGACAGCUCGGACGAAGGCCUCGGCUCCAUGUCCCCAGAGCCGAUGACAUUGCUGUCGGCGGGCGGAGCGGCGGUCACCACCAAAUUGAACAACGCCAGCAUUAUUGCGGCCAAGGAACUGCUCGAUAUGAAGAAACAGCUGGAGAAGGAGCGUAGCCUGCGCCGACUGCUGGAGGAUGAGCUGCAGAUGAUCAAGCGACAGCUGUACAGCGUGGCCACGGCACCACCGGGCACAGCGGUGGCGGCGGUCAGCGGAGGAAACGUCGGCGGCACCUACAUUCCACGUGAGGUCAUCGAGCAUACGGACAACUUUGUCCGCAGCGAGGAUCUUGAAGAGCUGGGCGGCACCGUCUCGUAUGUGGAGAUCGAUGAGAUGACAGGACAACAGCAGGUGGUGGUGUGCUCCAGCAUUGAGGAGCUGGAGGCGGACGCCGCUGCCGAGAUCAUCACAGAGGAUCAGGUGCACGAGGAGGUCAUACUGUCGUCCAAUAGCUCCACGGAGUCCGAGAACGAGGUGAACGUGAAUGCCAUUGCCAAAGCCUAUGCCGACGGAUGUUCGCCCAGUGCGGCCAUGCUGCAGCCGAUCCUACAGGCGGCCAUCAAGGCCACGCCCAAGGUGGAGGUGGAGCGCAUCCACGAGAAGAUCGUCAAGGUGAAGACGGAAAAGCUCGACCAGCCGGUGCCGACGGUGCACUACCGCCAGAAUCUGGAGACUAUUGUUGAGGCCAUCCGACACCUGGAGGGCGAUCAUCUCUUCUCCGACGGCAACAACGGCUCGGAGCACAAGCAGUACAGCCAGCAGCAUCACCACCAGAUCGUGACCACCAGCACGCAUCACUCGGGCGUUGUGGGGGUCAACCAUCAGCAGCAUCAUCAUCAUCAUCACAGGCUGGCCCAGGAUGCGCCACUCGCCCUCACCACCGGCAAACAGCAUGCGGCGCUGGCGGAGCUGCGGCCCUUUCUUCAGAUCAAGGGCAACAACAAGGUCAUCAUUACGGCCAAGACGGCCAAGGAUGGAGGCGGUAUGAUCACCUCCGGUAGCAGCGUGACACCCACCGCCAUCUUCAAGGUGCAGAGCAGCGGAAGUGCGGGGAUGGGCCUCAGCCACCAAGGAGCUGCCACAAUUGUCACCGGCAGCAGUGGCAGCGGCACGCCCCAGCAGCUGACGAUUACCACGGCCCUGAAGCAGUGUCGCCCGGGAGUGAUUGUGGCCAAGCAGCUGCCAUCAUCCUGAUUGCCCAAUGACGCGACCAAGACCAGCGCCCGAUCAGGACCAGCACGAGCUAGUAUUAAAGGCGCUCGAACGGUGGCUUCCACAACAACAGCAACAGCAGCAUCAGCAGCAGCAGCAGCAGCAGCAACAACUAAUUUCAACAAGCAGAGACAUGCAGUAACAGUCGUCGGUAGGCCUCUUCCACGUAACGGUAGUAACAGUAACAGUAACGGUAAUCUAAGCGCUAACGGUAACAGAAAUGCAAAUGCUAGGCCGCUGAAAGACCCUCUACGUAACAGAGGAGGAGGAGGAGGCACCACCACAGGCAGAAAACACAUGUAAAAAAUUAGUAAAUAAAACAAAACGAAAAACUGGAAACGGAAAAAACUACAACUGAAACAAUUUUUGUAUUUUUGGAUUUUCAAAAUAUUCUUUUCUUCAAAACAAAAAAAAACAAAACUUUCCAUAAAACAAAAGCGAAAACAAAGCCACAGUAAUUAAUCGGAAAAAUUAGGAAGAAUACAAGCCCAUUGUUAACUUAAGAUAAGGAUAAGAAGAAAAAGAAGAAAGAGAACGAGGAGCAGAUAACGGCUAAAACAGAAAGGAAGAAUAUUAAUUUACAAAACAAAAACAGAAGCAACAAAACAGAAUAACGAAACAAACAAAAGUACAAAACAAACAACAACAAAAAUAGACAUACAAAUUAUUGAAUGUUUUUUUUUAUUAUUUAUUAAUAGAAAAGAGAAACUCAAAAACACAGGAGAAACAAUAAAUAGCAAAAAGAGAAAGGAGGAGGAACGAAGAAAAGGAUAUAAAGAAAGUUUUGAGAGAGAGAAAACAAAAGCAAAAAUUGUAAAAUCAUCCAAUGGGGAAAAAAAACUAAGUAAAAAACCACAUUAAAAAAUAACAUAAAGUAUAUAAUAUACAUGCAUACUAUAUAUCGAUAAGGUGUAUGUAUAUAGGAUAACCGUAUAUAUAUAAAUAUAUUUAUAACACAUGCUUAACAACAGUGUUGAACUCUAUAAAAACCAUCGCAUUAA